AUGGCGUGUCCCCUGGAGCAGGCGCUGGCUGUGAUGGUCACCACCUUCCACAAGUACUCAGGGAAGGAAGGGGACAAGUACAAACUCAGCAAGGCGGAGCUCAAGGAGCUGUUGAACAAGGAGCUGCCCGUCUUUGAGAGCAAACGAAUGGAUGAGGCGGAGUUCAAGAGGCUCAUGAAUGACCUGGACCACAACAAGGACAGCGAGCUGGACUUCAAGGAGUACAUCUGCUUCCUGGCCUGCAUCACCAUGGGCUUCAAUGAGUUCUUCAAGGAUGGCCCCGCCAAGCAGCCCCGCAGGAAGUGA